UAAAAAUUGAUUUUAAAUGUUGUUGAUACCAAAUAAUACGGAUAUGAAAGUAAAACGUUUUGUAACAAUUGUAAUAUGUUUCUUUAUUUUAAUAUUAAUGUACAGUAUUUGGGAUGGACAUAUAAGUUUAAAAAGUGCAAUGACAAAUAAUAAAGAACUACAAUACGAAUUUUCUAAGUUAGUAGCAUUUUGUAAUAAAAAACAACAAUUAGAUCACAAUGAAAGCAAGGAAAUUGCUAAUUUACCAACCAUUUAUGCUAUAACACCGACUUAUGCACGACCGGUUCAAGAAGCAGAACUAACAAGAUUAGCUCAAACAUUAUGUAUGGUUCCAAAUGUACAUUGGAUUAUUGUUGAAGAUUCAACUGAUAGAACAGAAUUUAUGAUACGCUUUCUGAAGGAAACACCCUGUUUACUGCCAUAUACACAUUUAGUCUCGAUUACACCGAUGAUUUAUAAAAUUACCAAGGGUUUAAAAUGGCAUCAACGACCUCGAGGAGUAAGUCAACGAAAUGAGGGUCUAAAAUGGCUACGAGAAAAUUUGGAUUCUACAAAAGAUAAUGGUGUCGUAUUUUUCAUGGAUGAUGAUAACACUUACAGUGUUAAACUAUUCAAAGAAAUGAAUAAAAUCACUAAAGUUGGUGUUUGGCCAGUGGGCUUAGUUGGUGGUUUAGAUGUAGAAAAACCAAUUGUAGACAAAAAUACGGGUAAAGUAACAGGUUUCAAUAGUAUAUGGGAACCACAACGUCCAUUUCCAAUAGAUAUGGCAGGCUUUGCCAUUCAUUUAAAAUUAAUUUUAGAAAAACCAGAAGCACAAUUUUCUUAUGAGGCUAAACCAGGAUAUCAAGAAACAGUAAUAUUAGAAUAUUUUACAACGAUGUCAGAAUUAGAACCAUUAGCUGAUAAUUGUACAAAAGUGUAUGUUUGGCAUACGCGAACUGAACCACCAAAGUUUACUAAGAAAAUUAAAAAACGUGAAGUAAAAGCCUCUUUAGACAUUUAACAUAGAUUUCAUAACUAUUUCAUAAAUAUUUUUUAAUUUGAACAAUUUUUGAACAACAAGUUUUUGAGUUGCUUCUAGUUCAGUAAACGAUCGAAGAUCACAUUGUUCAGAAAACACAUAAAAAAGAUCAGAGAUACCCUUGGUAGACUCUGUAAUUCAAAAUUUCUAUUCCACCACCUCCAAUACUCGAUAUUCUACUUACGAGGCUACAAGGACCACCAUUUUGAAGAGAAAAAAGUCCUUAUCUGAAGAAGUCUCCCUCUUUUCCAUCUAGAUCAGAUACGUGACAGCGAAAAAGAGCCAGAGAGACUAAAUUAUUCAUUACAAAUAUUUCUCGAAUUGAUAUUGUCAUACUUUAUCUGACACUAUCGAUUAAAAAAUCUUAAAAAAAUAUUAGAGUUGACUAAGAUAUCUAAAAUAAUAUGACUGAAUUUCGUUACGCUAUCUAAUAGUAAAAGUAGUAACCAAAAAAUUUUCCAACACA